AUGAUAAUAAAAGUGUUCCACAAUGAGAACUUUGGAGGAGGUAUGGAGGUGAAUGGUGGUAACGUGCUCCAUAACGAAAACGUUGGAGGAGGUAUGGAGGUGAAUGGUGAUAAAGUGCUCCAUAACGAGAACUUAGGAGACGGUAUGGAGGUGAAUAACGAUAACAUCCUCCAUAACGAAAACUUUGGAGAAGGUAUGGAAGAGAAUGGUGAUGUACUCCAUAACGAAAACUUUGGUGGAGGUAUGGAGGUGAAUGGUGAUAAUGCGCUCCAUAACGAAAACUUUGGAGAUAUGGAGAUGAAUGACGAUAAAGUGCUUCAUAACGAAAACUUUGGAGGAGGUAUGGAAGUGAAUGCUGAUAAAGUGCUCCAUAAUGAAAACUUUGGAGGAAGAAUGGAGGUGCAUGGUGAUAACAUGCUUCAUAAUGAGAACUUUGGAGGUGGUAUGGAGGUGAAUGUUGAUAAAGUCCUCCAUAACGAGAACUUUGGAGUCGGUAUGGAGGUGAAUAACGAUAACAUCCUCCAUAACAAAAACUUUUGA